AUGAAAAGAUAUGCUUUAAAUAAAUUAGGAAGAUACUCAGAAGCAGUAGAAAGUCAUGAAGAAGCAAUCAAAAGCUAUCCAAAUAAUGCCAGAUUUUAUAAUAGUAAAGGCAAUAAUCUUUAUUUUUUAGAGAGAUAUCAAGAAGCUAUUCAAUGCUAUGAUGAGGCAAUCACACUUGAACCCAAUAAUCCUUUGCAUUUCUGCAGCCGAGCUAGAGUAUUUAAUAGUCUCAGACAAGAAGAAGCAGCUUUGCAGGACUUUAAUAGGGCUUAUAAUUUGAAGCAAGAAAAUCAAGUAAGUGGUGUUUUCACUGGGGAUGAAUGGAACCUUAUUGAGGAGGAUAUCAAGUUUAUUAACGACGUAUUAGGCCGAGACCGUAUUGAACUACUCAAAAAAAAAAAUGCAUAUUUAGAAUAA